GCGUUGACGUACUCGAAUCAAGGCCGGUGGAAGGAGGCCGAGUCUCUGGGGCUGCAAGUGAUGGAGGCGUUCAAGAGGGUGCUGGGAGAGGAGCAUCCGUCAACGCUGGCCAGCAUGGCUAACCUGGCAUCGACUUACCGGAAUCAAGGCCGGUGGAAGGAGGCCGAGUCUCUGGGGCUGCAAGUGAUGGAGACGUUCAAGAGGGUGCUAGGAGAGGAGCAUCCCGACACGCUAACCAGCAUGGCCAACCUGGCGUUGACGUAUACGAAUCAAGGCCGGUGGAAGGAGGCCGAGGCGGUUGAGGUGCAAGUGAUGGAGACGAGAAAGAGGGUGCUGGGAGAGGAGCAUCCCGACACGCUGACAAGCAUGGCCAACCUCGCCUUCACCUGGAAGAGCCAGGGCCGUCUCAGCGACGCUCUGGAGCUGAUGCAGAACUGCCUUUAUCUCCGGCGGCAAGUACUCGGCUCAGAUCAUCCUCAUACUGUCUCUACCCUUUCUCUCGUAACCGACUGGUUGGACAAGAAAGACAACGGAGAUAGCUAGGGCCAUUAGGGUCAUAGUAAUGCAACUGGCCUGUCGUAGCA